UGGACCACCAAACACUAGCCAAGGAAAGAAGAAAAUGGCCACAGCCUUGCUACUGUUGCUGCUCCUACUCGGACCCAGUGAGGCAAUCCCAGUUCACAAUCAUCGCUACCACUACUACCCAAUCGGCGUGAACUAUGGUCAGCUCGGCAACAAUCUCCCCGUGCCGCUCAAGUCCGUGGAGCUCAUCCGGCAGCUCAAACUCGGGAGAGUCAAGAUCUACGAUGCAAAUCCUUCGAUCCUCUCCGCCCUGGCGAACACGAGCGUCAAAGUGACGGUCAUGGUGCCCAACCAGCAGAUCCCGAGCGUAGCAUCCAGCCAGAGCUUCGCGGACGAAUGGGUUAAGUCCAACGUCACGGCGUACUACCCAUUCACUAGAAUCCGGACGGUUCUCAUCGGGAACGAGAUUCUCUCGGACUUUAGCAUCCGGCAAUCCACAUGGCCAAAACUCGUGCCGGCCAUGAAGAACAUCCACAGAUCUCUUGCCAAGCUCGGGCUCCAUCGCAAGAUCAAAGUUAGCACUCCUCACGCGCUACUAAACGUUCUCCAGGGCUACGUCUUCCCUCCUUCCAAUGGAACUUUCAGGGACGACAUAGCCGAGCCAAUCAUCCGCCCCAUGCUGGAGUUUCUGCACUCCACAAACUCGCCCUUCUUCGUGGACGCGUAUCCCUUCUUCACCUGGGAGUUUAACCGCGCCACCGUUCCCAUCAACUUUGCGCUCUUCAAUGGAUCCGGAACUCCAUACCGGGACCCCGGGAAUGGCCUCGUCUAUGACAAUCUGCUCGACAUCCAGCUCGACUCGAUCACCGCCGCCAUGGCCAAGCUCGGCCACGAGAGCGUGAAGCUCGGCUUGGCCGAGACCGGGUGGCCAACCAAGGGUGGAAUCGACGAGCGAGGCGCCAACUUUUACAAUGCCGCGCUCUACAAUCGCCGCCUGGCCAAGAAGCUCGCAACAAAGCCUCCGCUCGGCACUCCAAAGCGACCACACCAGCAAAUCCCAGCUUUCAUCUUCGCGCUCUUCAAUGAGAAUCUCAAACCCGGCCCGGUCACCGAGAGAAACUGGGGACUCUUUGCGAUUGCAGACAAUGGUUCCACCGCGAUUCAAAAGUACGAGAUCGAUCUUACUGGCAGGCUUAGCGAUGGUGACUACAAACCCAUGGCAUUGCCGCCACCCGAGCCUUUACCAGGUACUGCUAAGAUAUGGUGCGUUGCUAACCAGAGUGCUUCGACUAGCCAGCUCCAGGGUGGCAUAGAUUUUGCUUGCGGCCCGGGUGGUGUCAAUUGUAGCUUGAUCACUGAUCCCGGCCAACCUUGCUUCUUGCCAAACACCACAAUCUCUCACGCCUCGAUCGUUUUCAACGCGUACUACUUUCUCCAGAGGACGAACGGAGGGAGCUGUGUUUUCAACGGGGCUGCGUUUCUAACUUCCAGCGAUCCAAGCUACGCAUCAUGCGAGUAUGCUCCAACUAUUAUCUGAGCGCUAUGAUCCUGGAGAAGUCAACUCACAAAUUAUGUUUCACACAAAACCAAAAGAUUGAAAACUGGUGAUUGCUUCUUCAAGUUGAAACAUGAUUGAAAUGGAAAGCU